GGCACAACAACGGAUCAGAAGAUAGCCAUAGGCCCUUGGAGGUUCUCCCUCGGCCAGGACACAUAACCCGUGGUCUGCCUCAACAACCUGGCGAGAUUGAACAGAAGAUUCAUGUAAAGCGCGACUGGACUGGAAAUUGGGGCUGGGUUCUUACCCUAGAAGCAUAUACCAAGCCCAAAAGCCCCUAGCUUCCCCCUGGGUCGCCAACGUGGUCAUUACUUUCAAGGACUUGCCAGAACAACUACGACAGGGAGGGAUUUCCUGGGGAGACGCUGAUAGAAACCGGGAUCGCGAUUUUCUACGGGAUGACACAGCCGUCGUUACACACCGCAGUUGGGGCUGGGUGCGCAACUCUGAAUUUUGUGUCCGAGAGAAUGGCGAUUACCUCUGGGGGGCUAUAGUUACGAUGCGGCAUCGCGAUCGGCAGUGGCUCUUGGAUUCGGAUUUUCGAGAGCUCCUUUCCCCUGAAACCAUCUGCCUUGUUGAAGUCGAUCAACGGACAGGGCCAGGAAGGUGCAAAAAGGUGGUGGCGUACUACCAGGACAUGGCGUAUGGAAACGACACAUGGGCCAACCUAUCGAGGCCUGGCAUGACAGGUUGCCCCAAAGACUUGCAAUUUUCAUGCACCCACUGCUCCCCCACUCUCCGAGAAGGGAAGACCAGUAAAGGUUCAAUCAAGCCUUAGGCAGGGCUCAGCGAACUUGCUUGCACUUACUAGGAGUUUAGGGGGGAAACACAAGAAAGCACACACAUCUCUUCCCAAGACUACGGCUUUUGAUCAUGCCUCAGCAUACACAUAUGACUUGGCUUGAUCCUAGGUUUUCUUUUUCUUAAGCCUGCUUAGAAGGUGCAGCCGUAUAUAAGGUGGCCCUCGCUUGUAUUUAUUUUAAAAGCAG